AUGUGGCUUGUUAACUGGUUCUACGAUGUGCUCUCUUCGCUUGGCUUGUUGAACAAGCAUGCCAAGCUGUUGUUUUUGGGCUUGGACAAUGCGGGCAAGACGACGCUGUUGCACAUGUUGAAGAAUGACCGGGUGGCUAUUUUGCAGCCUACGUUGCAUCCUACUUCCGAGGAGCUCGCGAUUGGUAAUGUCAGGUUUACGACUUUUGAUUUGGGUGGUCAUCAGCAGGCUCGCCGCCUCUGGAAGGAUUACUUCCCCGAAGUCAACGGCAUCGUCUUCCUCGUUGACGCCAAGGACCACGAGCGGUUCCCCGAGGCCAAGGCCGAGAUUGAUGGGCUUCUUUCGAUGGAGGAGCUGGCCAAGGUCCCGUUUGUGGUGUUGGGUAACAAGAUUGAUCACCCGGAUGCGGUAAGUGAGGAUGAGCUUCGUCACCAUUUGGGGAUUUACCAGACGACGGGCAAGGGCAAGAUUCCGCUGGAGGGGAUCCGCCCGAUUGAGGUUUUCAUGUGCUCGGUUGUGAUGAGGCAGGGGUAUGGGGAUGCUAUUCGGUGGUUGUCGCAAUAUGUUUAG